CAACAAAAAGGAAAUAGACUUACGUGAGUUCCGUGACUAAAUUCCAAGAAAAAACAAACGCCCCAAAAUGAAAAAUGAGAUUCCACUUCCGAAACUUCCCGGAAACUCACUUCCCAUCCACUUCCCAUCACGUCAUAAAAACCCCCUCACUUCCUCCCACUUUCCUCGCCACUUCCAUUCAAAGAAGAAGAAGAGAUGAAGCUCACCUUCGGUUCGCUUUUCGGAUCCUCAACGAAACCCGUUAAGAAAGCGAAGCGGGCGAGGACCCGAGAAAUUUCCAGAUCCGAAACCUCGUCGUCAUCGGCGGAAUCGAGCACGAGAUCGGAGGUGAUCUCGAGGAGGGAGCUGGAGGCGGUGCUGAGGAGGUUGGGGCCGGAGCCGCCGAGCGAGGAGGAGGUGGCUGCGAUGAUGGCGGAGGUGGAGGGAGGGGCGAUGAGUCUGGAGGCGAUCGGAGCGUUGGGGGGAUCGGGGAGGAGAUCGAUGGUGGGGAUGGAGAUGCGAGAGGCGUUCGCGGUGUUUGAUGCGGAUAGAGAUGGGAGGAUCUCGGCGGAGGAGUUGAAGGCGGUGUUGGAGGAGUGGUGUAGCUUGGAGGAUUGCCGGAGGAUCAUCGGAGAAGUGGAUGCUGAUGGAGAUGGGCUCGUAGGGUUUGAGGAUUUCGUGAGGAUGAUGCGAAUGGACGAGGGUUUAUAAAGGAUGGUUCUAUGGCUU